AUGACCACCAACAAUCCCAGGGCUGGCUGGGAAAAGGUUGGCGAUCAAUUCUACCAGAAAGUCCAGCUGUACGAGUCAAUCUUUGACCCGGAUCUCGAGCUCGAGAACUAUCUGGUGGCUGGCGCGCCCUACGGCGGGGCUUUAGCGUUAUGGCGGGAUGCGGCAAAGAUUGCUCGCUAUCGGACAGGCCAGGCAACUAAACCAACCAUCGACAUCUAUUCAUCCUCUGGGAAACUCAUCAGCAACAUCAACUGGGAGAAGGGGCCCGUCAGAGGACUCGGCUGGUCAGAUGAUGAGAGGCUGUUGGUAGUCACCGAGGAUGGUACGGUGCAUUGCUACUUCGGCCUCCAUGGCGACUUUCAACCGUUCUCAUUAGGCCACGGCGCUGAGGAGUUUGGUGUGAAGUCUUGCCAAUUUUGGUCUCAUGGCUUGGUCGCCCUACUCUCCAACAACGCUCUGGUAGCCGUGUCAUCAUUCGACGAACCGAGACCUAGGCUACUUGCACAGCCACCUGAGGGCGAGGUUCACUCCUGGUCAUUGAUUCCGCCAGCCUACACCCUGUCCAGAUCUGUCGAGGUAUUAUUGGCAGUCAACAAGACCAUCUAUGUUGUCGAUGCCUCCGAAGCCGAGGACAGGGGCCUUUCUGACGGACCGUUCAAGCAUGUCAGCGUCUCGCCAAACGGAAGGUUCGCGGCGUUGUUCACAGAGGACGGCAAAGUCUGGGUGGUAGGGAGUGACUUCCAGAACAAGUACAGUGAAUAUGAUUCGAAGGCGAAAACAACACCGACUCAAAUCUACUGGUGUGGAAACGACUCGGUGCUCCUGGCCUGGGAGGAUGAGAUCCACAUGGUCGGACCCGACGGCGCCGCCGUGAAAUUUUACUACGAUGACCAAGUGCACGUUGUGCCCGACAUUGACGGCGUCCGCCUGAUCACUAACGAAGCUUGCGAAUUCCUUCGUAAGGUGCCAGACUCUUUAGAAGAGGUCUUCAAACUUGGGUCAAGCUCGGCCGCGUCUGUGUUGCUCGACUCGAUCGAGCUCCUGGAAAAGAAAUCGCCCAAGGCGGACGAAAACAUACAGCGGAUCAAACCAAACCUUCCAGAAGCAGUUGAGACAUGUAUUCGAGCAGCUGGUCACGAGUUCAAUCCAAGCCUACAGAAGCAGUUGCUCCGUGCCGCUUCGUUUGGCAAAUCAGUGCUUGAUCUCUACAGCAGUGACGAAUUUGUCGACAUGUGCGAAGAUCUUAGGGUGAUGAAUGCAGUUCGAGACUACCGCAUCGGCCUUCAUCUGUCAUAUGAACAGUACCUACGACUGACGCCAGAGAGGCUCAUUGCACGACUAGUCAAUCGACGGGAAUAUCUUCUGGCGAUCAAACUGUCUGAAUUCCUGCAUCUGCCCUUGAACAAGAUCUAUGUCCAUUGGGCAAGCCAGAAAGUUAGGGCAUCAUCCGCAGACGAUGAUUCUAUCCGAGAGAUUGUGGUGGAACGGUUGCGCGGCAAGCUAGGCAUCUCCUUUGAGACCAUUGCCCAAGCUGCCUACGACGAAGGUCGAAGCCAUCUUGCAACAAGCCUGCUCAAUCACGAGCCAAGAGCCGGAAAGCAAGUACCGUUAUUACUCAACAUGGAAGAAGAUGAAGUCGCCCUUGAUAAAGCCAUUGAAUCAGGGGAUCCAGACCUCAUCGUUUUCGUGCUCCUGGAGCUGAAGAAGAAACUCCCUUUGGCCGCCUUCCUCCGAACCAUCAGUGACCGACCCGUUGCUGCAGCGCUGGUGGAGAGCUCGGCGAGAACAGAAGACCGGGAGCUGCUAAAGGAUCUGUACUAUCAAGACGACAGGCCUGUGCAAGGUUCGAACCUCUUGCUCGAAGAGGCGAUGCAGCAGCCACAGGUGCAAGCAGUCAUUGAUAAGCUCAGAUUAGCAGCCCGACUUCUAACGGACACCAAAGAUCCGACAGCCGUCCUCCAUAGCAGAAUCCUCGCGGAAGCAGUGCAAUUGCUCAAGAUGCAGGAGGCGUUUGACAAGGAUAUCACCGACAGCAGCGGCAGCUAUGUUGGUCUGAGUGUCAAUGAAACAAUGUUCCGCCUCGUCAAAUCCGGUUACAGCAAACGCGCGGCCAAGGUUCAAAGUGAGUUCAGAGUCCCGGAAAAGACUUGGUGGUGGGUUCGUCUUCGAGCUUUGACUGCUGCUCGCCUCUGGGGUGAGGUGGAGGAAAUUGGUAAGAACAAAAAGUCGCCUAUUGGUUGGGAGCCCUUCUACAACGAAGUCCUCGGGGCAGGCAAUACGCGACUUGCUUCCUCGUUCAUCCCAAAAUGUACUGGCCUGCAACCGCCAGAGAGGAUCGAGAUGUGGAUCAAAUGCGGCAUGAUUGUCAAGGCUGGCGAGGAAGCCUUGAAGGCAAAAGACAGCACUGCCCUGGAGUCGCUCCGAGACAAGGCCAACGGACAGCAAUUGGUGGAGAUCGAAAGGAUGCUCACUCAGCUGCGGCCCAAGAGAUAG